AUGCAAAUUAAAUUCUUGACUACCCUCGCAACUAUCCUUACUUCAGUUGCCGCCAUAGGUGAUUUAGCUUUCAACCUUGGUGUUAAAAACGAUGACGGUACCUGUAAAGACGUCAGCUCUUUUGAAGGUGAUUUGGAGUUCUUGAAAAGUCAUUCCAAAAUCAUUAAAACUUAUGCUGUUUCCGACUGUAACACUUUACAAAACCUUGGUCCAGCUGCUGAAGCUGAAGGAUUUCAAAUUCAAUUAGGUAUCUGGCCAAAUGACGAUGCUCAUUUUGAAGCUGAAAAGGAAGCUUUGAAAAACUAUUUGCCAAAGAUUUCCGUCUCCACCAUCAAGAUUUUCUUGGUUGGUUCUGAAGCUUUAUACAGAGAAGAUAUGACUGCUUCUGAAUUGGCUUCCAAGAUUAAAGAAAUCAAGGAUUUGGUUAAAAACAUUAAAGACAAAGACGGUAAAUCCUACUCAAGUGUCCCAGUUGGUACUGUUGAUUCUUGGAAUGUCUUGGUUGAUGGUGCCAGUAAACCAGCCAUUGAUGCUGCAGAUGUCGUCUACUCCAACUCCUUCUCAUACUGGCAAAAAAACAGUCAAGCUAACGCUUCAUACUCUCUUUUCGAUGAUGUCAUGCAAGCUUUGCAAACCCUCCAAACUGCUAAAGGUUCUACUGAUAUUGAAUUCUGGGUUGGUGAAACUGGUUGGCCAACUGAUGGUAGUUCAUAUGGUGAUUCUGUUCCUUCUGUCAAAAAUGCAGCUGAUCAAUGGCAAAAAGGUAUUUGUGCCCUUAGAGCUUGGGGUAUUAACGUUGCUGUUUAUGAAGCUUUUGAUGAAGCCUGGAAACCAGAUACUUCUGGUACCAACUCCGUUGAAAAACACUGGGGUGUUUGGGAAUCUGAUAAAACUUUGAAAUACCCAAUUGACUGUAAAUUUGACUAA